AUGUCCAAGUAACAACAAAAGCUAGCAGGUCCAGGAGCUCAAAAAUCACCAAUUAGAAGAAAGGCAUUUGAACGCCCAGGCCUAACAGAAGACGAAAUCGAAGAAAUCAGAGAAGCUUUCAACCUAUUCGAUACAGACGGUUCAGGCAUGAUUGAUCCAAAGGAACUUAAGGCUGCUAUGCAAAGUUUAGGAUUCGAAUCGAAAAAUCCCACCAUCUUCUAAAUGAUUGCAGAUCUUGACACUCAAGAAAACCAAGGAGGAAUAAACUUCGACCAGUUCUUGGACGCAAUUACUGCUAAGUUGGGGAACAAGGAGACCAAGGAGGGCAUCUCAAGGAUCUUCGACUUGUUCGACGACGACAAGACUGGCUCUAUCAACAUCCACAACCUCAGAAGAGUGGCCAAGGAACUCGGAGAGACCAUGACCACCGAAGAAUUAAAGGAGAUGCUCGAGAGAGCUGCUUCAAAUGGUGAAGAAAUUACCUUCGAGGACUUCUAUUUCAUCAUGACCAAGAAGACUUUUGCAUGA